AACCAAUGCACACUGUUUUAUCGCAACUUGCGUCAAAUUCUCUGUACAGCGAUUCUGACAACCCUCAGGACCUGCUAUAAUCAUGUCUGCGAGCGAAAGCCAUGAGCUGCGCGUUCUGUCGGUCUCUUCAAGCCUUCCUCGCGUGUCGCCAGAGGAACGUGUACGAUCUACUGGCUUCGAGGAAGGCAUACCUCCAGAAAAUGCUGCGCAGGAUUUGCGUCCUAGUCGACAAUAUCAGACGUUACUUCUUCUUUCAGGCUUUAUGAUGAUCUUUCAGACCAUUGGGAUUGGCCAAUCAUAUGGUAUCUUCCAGGAAUUCUAUACCUCGCCUCAAAGCAAUAUCAACGAUGCGUCUGGACAAGAUGCGCUCGUUUCGCUCGUGGGUAGCAUCGGUAAUGGGCUCACAUGGAGUGGGAGCAUCUUUGUCGGUCCACUUAUAUCAAGGGUGAAGGAUCCUAGAUAUAUCACAUUGACUGGCGCAGUCGUGAUGAGCUUGGCCAUUGUUCUCGCCAGUUUCGGAAGUCGACUAUGGCACCUAUUCUUGACGCAAUCCCUUCUAUUCGGAAUUGGUUCUUCGAUGCUCUACUUUCCCAUUCUAUCCUCCAUCCCACAAUUCUUUGAUCGCCAUCGCGGGUUUGCCAUGGGGUUUAUCCUGUCGGGUAACGGAGUCGGGGGUCUCAUCCUUGCCCCCUUACUCCAUUUCAUGUUAGAGCGUGUUGGUAUUCGCUGGACGCUUCGAGCACUGGGCGCGUGGAACUUGGUCGUCACUGUGCCUGUUGCGUGUGUAGCUCGACGACCGCCCGGCGUCGGCAUUGGUACCGCGGGACCAAGACCUAGGACAAACGCGGCAAUCUUAAGAAAGGGAACUUUUUUCCUUCAAUCUACGGGGGCUUUCUUGCAAGCCGCUGGGAACGUCAUUCCACUUUAUUAUCUGACGACAUAUUCAAUUUCAGUGUUGCACUACCCAAGCUCGACGGGCAGUUUGCUUCUCGCUGUGAAUAAUGCAGUCAAUGCAGCUGCUCGCGUAGCUAUGGGAAUGUUAGCGGACUACGUAGGUCGGCAGAACACCAUGAUUGCCAGUGUCAUACUCUCAGCCGUGACAGUCUUUGCAUUCUGGAUCGACGCCUCGCGUGGCCGCUUCCUUACCUUUAUCGUCUUCUACGGCGUCUACGCCGGUGGCUACAACGCAUUGCUCCCGACCACCAUCACGGAGGUAUAUGGCGUGCAGAACUAUGCGUAUGUGAACGCUGCAAUGUACUUCAUUCGCGGAUUGGGUGUCAUAUUCGGUGCACCAAUCGCAGGUGUGAUACUCGGUAGUCAUGCCAGAGGUAAUGCGAUGAUGAGCAUGGAUAUCCUGAAGGAUCGAUAUGAUUGGGUUGCAGUAUAUGUCGGAGCGUUAUUGCUUGGUGCAAGUCUAUGUGUCCUGUAUGUAAGGUGGUUAGAUGCAAAAAACAAAGGGGGCUGGAGUUGGAUCGCCUAA